UUCCGGCACCUGCGACAGAGUCAGUACACCACUGCCGUGACUGCUAUCGAAUCUGCUAUCGUCAUGCCUCGCUAGAGCUUGUUGCCUUCACUUUCGUCUCACGUCCGACGCUUCAUCUCCCCCAAUAUAUUUCGAGCAGUUAUGGCUUCCCAGGCGGAAAUCCACUCUAUACUCACGUCUUACAACAACCUGGGCGAGCCUAUGCCAACAUGGAACCGGCCAGGAUGUGUCUACGGGUUGACAAUCACAUUCAUGGCCCUUGCCACGAUCUGCGUAGUUCUCCGCAUAUACGCCAGAAUAAAACAACACUGCAUUGGUUGGGACGACUACACUCUCAUGGCUACCAGAGUGGCAGCAACCGCCUGCUCAAUCGCUGUAAUUAAUUCCGUAUCCAAUGGUCUGGGCCAACACUUCUCCCAGCUGGGCAUGGAUACCAUGAUCGCAUUUCAAAAGGACUUCUAUGUGGCGUUGCUCACAUAUAUCGUCUCGACGACCCUUGUGAAAAUGUGUUUUCUGACACAGUACUUUCGCAUCUUCCAAGCUGGCACACAGACAAGGAUAGUGUGCUGGAUCUGCCUCGUCAUUUCUGCACUCUGGGGCACGGCAUUCUUCGUCAUCAGUGCCGCUCCUUGUGUGCCCUUGGCGGCCUUCUUCGACUGGACCAUCGAAGCUGACUGCUACGGAUACGGCUCGAGGAAUUAUAACGAGCUAUUUGCCACGUUUGUCGCGCACUCGUCACUCAACUCCCUUCUCGACCUCGUCGUGCUUGCCAUUCCCCUGCCAAUGUAUCUCAAGAAGAAAACCACAUCGUGGAAGCAACGGGCGUCGAUUGCCAGCAUGUUCAGCUUUGGUCUAGUGGUUUUUGGAAUAUCCAUCUGGCGCCUACAAAGUAUCAUCGAGCACAGAGCAGCGACUUGGCCCGUGAUGGACCCGACCUGGUAUGCGUGCUCGGCGAUCGUGCUUGCUGUGGUCGAGGUCGACAUGGCCAGCAUGUGUGCCUCAAUUCCCGUAUUCUGGCCUAUACUUCAGGAUAGUUGGGGCAAAAUCUUCGUGACACAGGAAGUCGAGGUUGUCCACGAGUCACGGAUUUCGAGCGAGACCGAACAGGGCUCCGUACACGGUAGUGACUCCUCACAAACUCGCGCGGGCAGUGAGUUCAGCUUCAAACUUCUGGACGUUCCCAAAGCUUUGCAGGCGCCACCAAGAGCGCACUACGGGGAGCCGUUCUCCGAGAAUGGUAAAAUACCAAGAAGGACAGCUGCGGGCAGCUGGGAGGUACAUGCAAUGUCUGAAUCACAGGUGACUUCUCAAGGCCAGCAGGGUUUUGCCCAGGCGCAUGAGAAGCAUCAAAGAUCGGCAUCACGUGCUGGAUCAACGAAUGGAGCGAGAUAUAGCCCAAAAGAUUUCGACAAGGAGACAGCUGCCAACUUGGGAGGACGUGCUGAUACAUCGCAGACAUUUUAUGAUGACAUGGACCACGAGGAGUCUCAGGCAACGAUGUUGACAACCAAACGGAGCUGGCCACACUUGCUUCAAAGAAGCACGCGUGAACAACCAACUCCUCGGUGGCUCGUGUGAGUGAUGAUAGAUAGUAAAUACAUGGACUUCUGCGUAGUCACUGUGCACGACACCACGAUAUUUAUGAACCCAUCACGAACGAGGCGAAUU